UCAUGUGAUAAGACUGAAAAGUUCUAAAUAUCAUCGACAUUCGCAAAUUACUGAUUUGACAACGUAACAGAAAAAAUCCGACAUCCCUACUCCUCUACAUUUGUUCUCCUGAUGUCGCACUAGUACCUGAAGGAAAACAUCGCGAGAUUUGGUUGCCUUGGCUGCAGCACAGAGUGACGCUAGAGGAUGUUUGAGGUUUAGCGGCAGAGAAAUCACCCGAAAAUUUGCCUGACUAACGGAGGUAAACGACUCUGGGCCCGAGAAGGUUUUGUGACGUGUGAAGAUCCUCAGUCCCGUUCACAACAUCGCCAACCUAGCAGCGGAGUGGGGAAAGAAGCCGAGGUCAUCUUUCAACUCUGACCCCUGCAGGUUCCUGUCGGGAUUCUGCCACUGUGUGUGUGCAGACUUGAGCUUGAGAGGCCCAGACGAGGAGUGGCACACACACACACACACACACACACACACACACACAGCUCUUUACGGGCUUGACGGACGGGAAGACUUGAGAGAUUCCGUAGGGUGUGGGAGAAAAGACGAAGGGAAGGGAAGGGAAGGGAAGGGAACGCCAGAGCUGAGGUGUGAAAGAUAGAGGACAAGUGGAGAAUUCCACAAGGCUGAAGUCAGAACAGGCGUGUGGAACACAGAACAGGGGUUACCUCUCCAGAAGGCUACGCACGCACACACACACACACACACACACACACACACACACAAACGCCUCGGCACAGGACCGCUCCGGGGAUUUUAGCCAGAUGUCAAGAUAAACGGACAAGAGUUCAUCAUCAUCAUCAUCAUCAUCAUCCAACAAUUUCUCUGACUUCUCUUGGAUUUGUAUUUCUUGUCCAUUUUUUUUUUUUUGCCCCUUCGUCUUUGGAAAACAUGCCCUUGUGUUUGAGUUGUGGGGCCUUGUGGACGCUGUAACGCUGGUGUCGGUGGGAGUGGACGUGACUUUGAGUCGGCCGUGGUGGCGCUGGCCAUGUCGUGGAAGAGGAACUACUUUGCGUCGGGCAGCAGCGGCCUUCAGGGCAUGUUUACCCCGCGCACCAUGACCUCCAUCGCCCCCAGCAAAGGGCUCAUCAACGAGCCCGGACAGAACAGCUGCUUUCUGAACAGCGCACUCCAGGUGCUCUGGCAUUUGGACAUCUUUCGUAGAAGCUUCAGGCAGCUGAGCACACACAAGUGCAUGGAGGACUCCUGCAUCUUCUGCGCCCUUAAGAGCAUCUUUGCUCAGUUCCAGUUCAGCAGUGAGAAGGUGCUGCCGUCGGACGCCCUGCGCAGCGCCCUGGCCAAGACCUUCCAGGACGAGCAGCGCUUCCAGCUGGGCAUCAUGGACGACGCGGCCGAGUGCUUCGAGAACAUUCUGAUGCGCAUUCACUUCCACAUCGCCAACGAGACCAAGGAGGACAUCUGCACGGCCAAGCACUGCAUCCCGCACCAGAAGUUUGCCAUGACGCUCUUCGAACAGUGUGUGUGCAGCAGCUGUGGCGCCUCCUCGGACCCCCUGUCCUUCAUCCAGAUGGUCCACUACAUCUCCACCACCUCCCUCUGUAACCAGGCGGUGCGUAUGCUGGAGAGCCGAGAGAAACCCACGCCGGACAUGUUCGGGGAGCUUCUGAGGAACGCCAGCACCAUGGGGGACUUGCGCAACUGCCCGGGUAACUGCGGGGAGAAGCUACGGAUCCGACGGGUCCUGAUGAACUCUCCUGAGAUCAUCACCAUCGGGCUGGUGUGGGACUCCGACCACUCUGACCUGGCGGAGGACGUGAUCCACAGCCUCGGCACCAUCCUACGGCUGGGGGAUCUCUUCUACCGGGUGACGGAGGAGAAGGCGAAGCAGGCGGAGCUCUACCUGGUGGGGAUGGUGUGCUACUACGGCAAACACUACUCCACCUUCUUCUUCCAGACCAAGAUCCGCAAGUGGAUGUACUUCGACGACGCCCACGUCAAGGAGAUUGGGCCCAAGUGGAAGGAUGUGGUGUCUCGCUGCAUAAAGGGUCACUACCAGCCUCUGCUGCUGCUCUAUGCUGACCCCCGGGGGACGCCGGUGGCAGCGCAGGACCAGCAAUCCAGACUGGACCUGCACUACAUCAACAAGUCCUACUACGACAGCGAAGACUCGGGCCGCGAGCCGUCCAUCUCCAGCGACACGCGCACCGACUCGUCCACAGACAGCUACAGCUACAUGCACUCCCACUCGCACCAUGAGUCCAUGGCCAGCCACUUCUCCUCCGACUCCCAGGGCACCGUCAUCUGUAACCCUGACAACAACGACGCAGCCUCUCACAGCAGCCUGGAGACCACAGGCCCAGUGACAGACAGCGAGCCACUCUCCCGCCACGUGCUCCGGAAGUCCGGCCUGGGGGACAGGAAGGGCGGGACUGCGGACAGGAAGAGGAGCGCCAGCCGGCCACGCCGCUUGGAGGAGCGCAGCCGGGGGUCUCGGGGUGACGAGGCGUCUUCGGCCGGUUACCAUAGUGAGGGUGAGACUCUAAAGGAGCAGCAGGCCCCACGCACCGCUCCAAAGCCCUCCUCAGGCAGCCGACUGCGGGACUUCAAGGAGACCAUGAGCAACAUCAUUCACAGCCGCCCGCUCUCCUCCUCCACCUCCUUCAUCCCCUCCUCCACAGGCGGCGGCGGUGGCAGUGGGGGGACGGUCCCAGAGACGGGGGCCCCCACGUGCGACUGGGAAGCCGACAGCACCAGCAGCGAGUCCAAGUCCAGCUCCGCCUCCGUGGGGCGCUACCGUCCGGCCUGGAGGCCCCGCCGCGAGGCCCUCAACAUCGACAGCAUCUUCAGCCGCGAGAGGCGCCGGCAGGCCGGGUACAGCCCGCUGAACGCCGGGGCCCUGGCCGAGGACGGAGGCUCGCCGGCGUCCCUGCCGGACCAGACAACGACAACGGCGUCACCGCCGACAACAGCGCUCACCACGGCGACCACCACGACAGCGGUGGCCCCGGCGUUCAGGUGCGGAGGCGGCUCAGGGACGCUCCCCGCGAUGCGCACCCGUGGGCUGGACCACCACCACCAGCAGCAGCAGCAGCAGCAGCACCACCAGCAGCCCAGGCUGAUCCAGAGGAUGGAGAGCGGCUACGAAAGCAGCGAGAGGAACAGCAGCAGCCCCGUCAGCCUGGACCUGCCGCUGGGGGACAGUCACGGCAGCACACACACACACAGGGAUGGGGGUAUGAAGAAGCCGCCCGCCCCUAAUGUGGGUCCUUCAUGGCGGAGUGUGCCAAAGUCAAAGAGCAGCAGCGCCCUCCUGCAGGACGUUAAAGCGGCCACCAGAGAGACCAGAGACACCAGGGACACCAGAGAGAGAGGAGAGAGAGAGAGGGACACCAGAGGAGACACCAGGGACACCAGGGACACCAGAGACCCCGCUCAGAGCAGCCCGGGCCCGUCUGAAGGCCGCAGUGAGCUGGACGAGCUCCAGGAGGAGGUGGCGCGGCGUGCGUGCGAGCAGGAGCAGCAGCGGCGCAGGGAGAAGGAGCGGGAGGCGGCCCUGGGCUUCAACCCCAGACCCAGCAAGUUCAUGGACCUGGACCAGCUCCAGAGCCAAGGCAAAGGGGACAGCUUUGAGCGGUGUGUGUCGGACGCAGACGCCCUCUUAGAUCAGUCUCUGCGCUUAGAGCAGGCCGGGGAGGUGGCUGCCGCUCUGUCUGUAGUUAACGAAGCUGUGUCUAAACUCAGGCCUCCCAUGCAUGAGGGCGGCACUAACACUCAUAGCAGGACACUGGCUGAAGCCCGGCUGCAGAAGUGCAUGAGGAGAGCGCGGGGCCUGCAGCAGCGCAUGCAGCAGACGCAGGAGACGCAGCAGGAGACGCAGCAGGAGACGCAGGAGCACAAACUGCAGCGUGAGGAAGAGGAGGAGGAGGAGGACGAGGAGAAGGAGAGACCGCAGGAGCAGCCCUCCAGUGAACCCUCUGGCCCGAUCCGAAUCCUUCUGACAGCGGCCCCAGAGCAGCCCCAGGAGCUGACCCAGCAGGACUCCACCAGAACCAGCACCAGCACCAGCACCGGCCCCCCCUCUGCUCCUCACGUGCUGCCCCACUCCACGCACAAGAGCCCCCUCCCCCACCCUAACCCCUCUGCAGUGCCCCUCCCCCUCCCCCACCCCCACCCCUCUGCAGUGCCUCUGCUGCAUCCCACUGCCCCCUUUACCCCUCACCGGCAAGAUGGCGGCACACGCCCGGCGGUAGGUGUGCCGCCCGAGGGCCCCAGGUGGGAUACCAGGGGUGCGCCAGGCACCAGCGUGCCAACGCGUUUGACGGAGAAUCCUCCCCAGCCGCUGCCCGUGCCUAGGGGGGUGACGGAGAAUCCUCCCCAGCCGCCGGCGUUGCCCAGUCAGCCUCCGGUCACCUACUGCAACGGCCACGCCCGCGCGCCCGCCCAGACGCCGGGCCACGCCCUGCACCCCCCACGCGCCCGCAGCCCCUCCCCGGCACACCUGAGCCCGCAGGACGCGGACUGGGGUGCAGCUCCGGCCGGCCAACGCCCUACCACCCACGCCUCCCCCCAGCCCAACGGCCUGACCUCCGGCGCCCCCUGCCAGCGCAAGACCAGCCUGACCCCGCCUUCCCCGGCUCCCCUGGCCAAUCACAACGGGACUUUGACUCGCGACGCGUCCCGCCCCCACUACCCCUCUCCGGUCUCUCCCGCCGGCGCUCCGACCUCCCGGCACCUCGCCCGCUCCCCCUCCCCCUCCCCCUCCCCGCCCUUGGAGCUCCGCACGGGAGCCUGCAUGCCUGUGGAGUGCUGGGCCGAGAAUGUCAACCGAUACUACAACUCCCAGAGUGCCCUUUCCGCGACUGACAACUCCCCCAAUGAGGAGCUCUCGGAGCUGGACUUCCUCUACCAGGCCAGCCUGAACGUUCCCUCCGUACCCCGCACCCCACACGGCCCCAGCCCCAGCCCCCAGCCGGGCCCCAGACCAGGCUCUGCAGCCAGGAAGCUCCUGUAUGGAGGAACACUCGGACGCUCCAAAACUCCCACGGCUGAGAUCGAGAGGAACGCCUACAGAACACCUAGCUAUACCAACACCCCAGAGACACACACUAAGCCUCCGUGUGCAGUGGAGUGUGAGCGGGUGGGGGCGUGUGACGAGUCCUACAGCGCAGAGAACCUGCGUCGUGUCGCCCGCAGCCUGAGCGCCACCGUCAUCGGGGGACGACCCGAGCUGCUCUCCUCCUCCUCCCGCAGCUUUGAGCCCCUUGUCACCAGGAUGCCAAAGCAUGCAGACGCGCGGGUCAUCUCACGUCACCAUAGCAACUCCCCCACCUUCACCUCCCCCAAUCCCCCCACCUUCCCCGCUACUCCCCCCCAGCACCUCUACCCUCUCCCCCACCCACACGCCCCCCCUUCACACCCAUCCCAACAGCUGGCUCGGGGUCACUCAGGAGAGCUCCAAAAGCCCCCCCCCAUUCUGGCUAUGUUUGACCGGAGUGAAGCUCCCCAACGCGACCCCUACCACAACAUCGCCAUGAGCUACGGCACGCUCCCGCGGGCACCUCGGAGGGCAGCCCCAGCAGGGUCCUCGCUCCCCAGGGCCGGGGAAGGACCCCUGGCAGUGACCAGACACUGGAGCCACCUCGACUCCGGGUACGCCACCCUUGCCCAUCCCCGUCGAUCCGCACCCCAAGAGCGACCUACAGACGCCCCCUACAGGCAGCCCAUGCAGGCUGGCCGAGAGCCGCGCCCACCGCUGGUCCCCCAGCACCACGCACUCCGCACCCCACACAUCCAGCCGCCUGCUCAGCCUCUCCGUCUGGAUGUGCCCCCGGAGGGCGACUGGAGGACUACGGGCUACCAGGUGGCCCAGACUGGCACCUUGGGUGGCAGGAGUGGCCAGUCCUUCCCCAGGGCAGACUCCCGGGCAAGGCUGGCCCUGAGCCCCACCGCCACUUGCCCUCUGUGCGCCCUGUGCCAGCGGGCCCCCGCCGAGCCCAUGGGCGCCUACUGCCGCUCCUGUGGGGCGCACGUGGCCCGCUUCCGCACCGCCAGCUGAGCCUGCCCGCUGCCAACCGUGGUAACCUGGCAACCACAACACACACCUGCGCUCAACUCAACUCCCCUUAAUAGCAGAUUCACUCCCCCCUAACCAAGGUUGUGUUCAGCUAAGGAGGGACGGCAGACUAGAGCGCCGGGUUUGAAGCAAACACAACCUUUAUCUGCAGCGCUCUUUCGCCCUCCCUCUCUACCUCUCUCCCUCUGUCAGCCUCUCUGUGUGUUCCUAACAGAGAGAUAAUGGAAAGAAAGAUGAAUCUGGUGGAAAUGUUUCUCCACCGGAGCAGCGAGAUGGUCUUCACCUGAUGAGAUGGUCUUCACCUGAUGAGAUGGUCUUCACCGGAUGAGAUGGUCUUCACCUGAUGAGAUGGUCUUGACCUGAUGAGAUGGUCUUCACCUGAUGAGAUGGUCUUCACCGGAUGAGAUGGUCUUCACCGGAUGAGAUGGUCUUCACCGGAUGAGAUGGUCUUCACCUGAUAAAAUGGUCUUCACCUGAUGAUGCGGCACCACUCUCCCAACCGCCCCGUCUCCACUCCUGCCCUCCUCACCUCAUGUGUUCCAGCAUCAGCUGAAGUGUGCAGCAGGUGGACUGUGCCCUGCCUGGUCCCCCAUCCUUGUCCCCCAUCCUUGUCUCCCGUCCUUGUCUCCCAUCCUUGUCCCCCGUAGCGGCUGUGGUGGUGGAUGACCAGGCAGGUCCGUUUCUCUCAGAUUAGGGCCUCUCUGUGUCCGCCUGAAGAGCAGCCCGGGGCCUGUGGAGAGCUUGCAGCCCGUAAGACUCCAGAGCUGCGUUUCCCCACUCAGACUGGCCACUACAGUGUCUGAAAUGGGACACUAGGGACGAGCGCUCGGAUACAGCUCCUCCUGCUGCUACUGAGAGACACUCGUGACAGCAGCCAGCCCCUCUUCUGGUGUCUCCUCCUCGCCACGGGAGCCAUGAGGAAGGGAUGAAUAUGUGUGGGGGCCUUGGGGAGGGACACUGGAGAGGUGAGGGCCUUGGGGAGG